AUGCGACUUGUGACUUUUUGCUACGCUUAAUCGUUGUACUUACAAAGAUGUUGACUCGCGUGAAUCCCUCGUCUGGAGCCUACGUGCGACGCUGCGACGUUGUCGCUAUGCCUAGUGCUCGACGACCUACGCAUCUUGGUCGCGGCACAUCUGACACUCGGUUACAAGCGACGGAGGAGAAGAAGCAGGGGUCUGAGGCCACGAAACAGGAGCUUGGGAUGGAGUACUAUGCCGGCCUGCUGAAGACCGACGUGCGCAUUGACAACGGAUCCAGUGCAAACGAUAUGCUGUUCCGGAACAUGCAGCUUGCCGGCGGUGUGACUGGGCUGUUGGGGCUGCUGCUGCUUGGAUUCAUGGCGUCCAACGGCCUUCUCUGACGUGGUGGCCACGCGGGCAUGUGGACGAUGUGUGGCUCGGUCUGCGGGCUGCGCACCUGUAGCAUCAGCAUUCAGCAACAGCACCACCACCAGGAAAACGCAACAGCAGCAACAACAAACUGUGGUGUGGGACUGCGUGGUGGGAAACUGUGGCCGCUGGCCGGGACGGUGGCGGAUGUGACUGGGUGCGUUGGGCGGGGGAGUAAGUCGUGGGUCGGGAUACAAGUUUUGCCCUUCAUGCACAUUUCAGUUCCUGGAUCGUGCUGCGAGGCUCUGCUGCCUGCGACGCGUGCUUGGAUGGCGGUACACGGCGGCUGACGCACUCCGGUCAGGGUUGCACACCCCUGAGCUCACUAGCUAGGCACUAAGGAAGGCGUGUGUAUUGAGACUUCCUGUAACAAGCUGUGUCC